AUGGCUUCUCUUGGACCGACGGCGCUGUCCAUGCGCUCCAGAGGCGUGGCCAAUGCCAAUAGCAACCUCGUCGCAUCCAACGACGGCUCUUACGCCUCCAGCUACGACUCGGUGCACGACAAAGCAGCGUCAAGACCGCCGCAACGAGCAGCUUCGUUGGCAGACAAGCGUCUAGGAGGCGCAUCCCAUGCAGAUGCUCAUGCUCUCGAUGCUUCCCUCGCCCUGCCCAGCACCGAGGUGCUGCUGGUAGCUGGCGUCACCUUCAUCGCUUUGGUGGUCCGCACGUGGCACCUGAGCGCACCCAGCAGUGUUGUGUGAGUACUGCUCGAGCGAGGUCGCGACGUCGCAUACACUCGUGUGCGCGCCUCUUCUUCCUCCGCAUCGCCCAGCGCUCUCUCGCUGAUGUCUGGUUCAUGUCCUUGUUGACUGCCUCAUCUGUACAGAUUCGAUGAAGUGCACUUUGGAGGAUUUGCGACCAAGUACAUCAAUCAGAGAUUUUUCAUGGACGUGCACCCGCCCUUGGGCAAGCUUCUCUUCGCGUUUGUUGCCUGGCUAGCUGGCUUCCGCGGCGAUUUCGACUUUAAAGAGAUUGGCAAGGAGUACCUCAUUGGCGAAGAUCACAGACCAGUGCCUUACGUGGCCAUGCGCCUGCUUCCAGCCCUCAUGGGGGUCGCUCUCGCUCCCUUGAGCUACUUGACGCUCCGUGCAUUGUCCUUGAGAGGCACCUCCGCCUUGGUGGGGGCGAUGCUCGUCACCUUCGACAAUGCGCUGACCACUCAGUCGCGCCUCAUCCUCCUCGAUUCGCCUUUGCUCUUCUUCACUGCCAUCACGACGUUCUGCUGGGUGUCUUUCUGCAUCGAGGACAAGCGUCGCACGUUUGGCCGAGAGUGGUGGGUCUGGCUCACUUUCACCGGCGCAGGUCUCGGUGCUGUUGCCAGCGUAAAGUGGGUCGGCUUCUUCACGAUUGCAACCAUCGGGCUCAAUACCAUUUUUCAGCUUUGGGCGCACCUAGGCGACGUCCGGCAGCCCAUGUCGCGAGUCGGGCAGCACUUUGCUGCGCGUGCAGCGUUGCUCAUCUUCUUGCCUUUCCUCUUCUAUCUCUUCACCUUUUCAAUUCACCUUGCCGUUCUUAAUCGUAGCGGCGAAGGCGACGCAUUUAUGUCGUCUGGUUUUCAGCACACACUCCGGGGCCAUUCGAUGCCCGACACGUACGCAGAUGUCGCCCUCGGGUCGACCGUCAGCAUCCGGCACAAGAACACACAAGGGGGCUACCUCCAUUCUCAUCUGCACAACUACCCAGGCGGCAGCGGGCAACAGCAGAUCACUCUGUAUCCGCACCGAGAUGAGAACAACGAAUGGUACAUUGUCGGUGCGCCAGGCCCAGACGACCCCCCACCACCUGUGGAUGCCGACGGAGUUCCCCUCAGCGUCGACGGACCACACGACAUUGAGAGGUACAAGACUGGACAGAUCGAAUUUCUCAAACACGGCAUGGAAGUCCGUUUGAUUCACCGCAAGUCGGACAAGCGCCUUCACUCUCACGACUCUAACCGUCCUCCCAUCACCGAAAGCGAUUACCAGAACGAGGUCACUGGCUAUGGUUUCCCAGGUUUCCUCGGUGAUGCCAACGACAAUUGGCACGUCGAAAUUGAAAGCCAUGAACCUAGUGAUCCCCGGUCUCGUCGCCGCGUCCGCGCUUUGCGCUCCACCAUCCGCUUCCGCCACACUUUGACCGGCUGCUAUCUUUUCAGUCACAAAAUUCCGCUUCCUGACUGGGGUUUCGGCCAGCAGGAAGUCACGUGCAACAAGAACCCUCAGAUGAGCAACAGCUUGUGGUUCAUAGAAACGAACACGCAUCCUCGCAUCGAAGACGGGGGCCUUUCUCCGGAGACAGCGCAAGAGCGCAGACGGCUAGGGAUCGACUUGGUAAACUAUCUAGCCCCAUCUUUCUGGGCUCGCUUCAAGGAGCUGCAGCGUGUCAUGUGGGAGACGAACGCUGGAUUGACUGAGCGUCACGCCUACGAUUCUCGUCCUUCGACCUGGCCCACGCUGCGGAGAGGAAUCAACUUCUGGGCGAAGGACCACAGGCAGAUUUACUUGAUCGGAAAUCCGCUAGUCUGGUACGGGGCGCUGGUCGCCAUCCUGGUAUACCUGGGCGCUCGAGCUGUCUUGAUGCUCAGGGCAAAGCGAGGCAAACGGGACUUCAAUGAUUGUGAGAUCAAUAGCCUCAUUGCUUUUUCUCAAAACCAGAAGCUGACACCUAGCCCAUGUGCCUUGCAGCCGCCAUCGUCUACUAUGAUCAAGUUUGUGGCUUCCUCUUCACUGGCUGGGCGAUGCACUACCUUCCCUUCUGGUUGAUGUCUCGCCAACUCUUCAUCCACCACUACCUACCCGCUCUUUACUUCAGCAUUCUACUUGUCGCAGCUGUCUUUGACGUCCUCACCUCGUCUCUGCGCCCCCGCUUCCGCUUGCAAGUGGCCGCAGUCUUCAUUGCGCUCACGAUAUUUGUCUUUAGCGUCUAUGCCCCCAUCACCUACGCUGGAGAAUGGACGGGCCGAGCUUGCGAGCGAAGUCGCCUUCAGAAGACGUGGGACUUCAAUUGCAGGUGAGUCGUCAUUCCUCACUACCGCGUGUACAAGCAAUCUCAACGGCUGACCUCUUGGUGGCUUUCAGAGAGUUCCCCGACUCUGUCGCCAAGUAUGCAGACUUUGGACCUGCAGUACACACGAUCCCUCCCACACAUGCCGAGGCGAUCAACAUUACAGGCACCCAGAGCCUCAUCGACGCCGGACCUCAGGCGGGUUACCAUGCAUUUGAGCAGGCGCCACCAAAGGCAUUGUCCAGUGGUUUGGGCUUGAGCGGCAGUCUUGCGCCGUCAGUCGGAGAGCCUAUCGAAGCGGCCAAGGCUGCUGAUGCAGCUCCUCCUGAGCCUGCCGCAGCGGUGCCUCAAGGCACCGAAAGCGCCGUUGCAGACGAUAGCAAGGCAGCUCUCGAGGCUUCGAUCAAGGCGGCGGAUGCUGCACUCAAGGUGGAGGGGCUCGAUCAAGAGGGUGUGGAGGCUAUCGUUCUCGAAGGCACCGCCGCUGUCAAGGCAAAUGCCCCGGUCGAGGCUGCUCCGGCCAGCGUCUCGGAAGCUGCAAAGCCAGAUGUCAACGCACCUGGAGAGAUGGGGGAUCCGGUCGACAUUGCGAAAGAAGAAGGCGUGUAA